GCUGGAUCGGCGGUACAGUUGUGGAGUGGACGCUGCAGCGCUCCUUCACUUCCUGAGUGAUCAUGGCAUCCCUGGCGGUGGCGGUGGUGAUGGUGAUGGUGAUGGCAGUGCUCACCUCUGCAGUGCCAACUGCGCCGCUAGCGGUGACGACCGCGGUGUCUACGGCGGCAUCCACAUGCCAGGUAUCCUACGCUCUGCCUAAGGACUUCAUAUGCUGUCCUCUCUUCCUGGAGGGUCGUGUGGAUGAUUACAACAGCUGCGCUGCUGGGUUCGAUACCCCGCCCGACUGCCAGAAAUAUCAGACAAGGUGUCUCUUCAACGACACCUGGUACAACAGCGGUGACACCAUCUUCCUGCUGCCCAACAAGUGCGUCAAGCUGAGCUGUGUGCUGCCUUCACCCGACCAGAAAAUCCUGUGGCCUAGAGUGCAGGUCGACACCGUAGGUGACGACAAUAAGUGCUGUGUAUUGGGAGGACAGAUGUACGAUGAAGGCGCCGUGGUGGCAACCAGUCCCUGCGUCAGCGUCUCCUGCAGGGCCAGCAGGUGGCUCUCUACUUAUACACUACAGAACUGUGAGGUAUUCUUCUCCAUCGGCGACCCCCACAUCAAGACCUUCGAUAACACCAUCUACAACUACUACGGCAAGUGUAACUACACCAUCGUGCAGAAGGGGUGUACGGGACCCACCACCUCCCCCCCCUUCAUCACCAGCUCCUUCAAGACGUGCAAGCCUCCCUUCAGGGAAGCAGCGUCUUGCAACGGGGAGGUGACCAUCAAGCACAGUGCCGGCCUCACCGUCACCGUCUACGACAACGCUACGGUCACUGUUGAUGGUAACGCAGUGGAUUUUCCGUACACUAAGGACACCCUCUUCAUAUGGCAAGAAGAAUACCACGUUAAUAUUAUCACCUUCAAUGGUUUUUAUGUGAGUUACAGCAAGAACGUGGUGCUGCCGUCGUUCUACGUGUAUGCACCAGCCAGCGAGAUGAACCAGGGAUGGUGUGGUCUCAGUGGGACUUACAACGGUGUGGCGGCCGAUGAUUUCACCGCUCGUGGUGGAGCGCUGACUGACUUGGCGACCUUCGCCGCCUCCUGGAAUACUCAAGAGUACAACAGCGGUGACAGAUGCACAGACCUGCCUGAAAGUGCAAAGUCGCUGUGCAGCACCGAGCUACAGCAGAAGUAUACUUCUGACUGUGAAUCCAUUCUCCAGCUGGUGACGGACGACUGCAACGCCACGACCGCAACGCUGGAGUCGUGUUUGGAAGACAUGUGUGGCUGUGACGCCGGUCAGGAAGACAUUUGUCUCGGCAACAUCAAACAUGCGGUCGAGCUGAAAUGCGCAAAGACCAGGAUGGUGAUGUCUGCCCCGGGAACACCUGCACCAACACCUGCCCCGGGAACACCUGCACCAGGAGCACCAGGAGCACCUGCACCAGGAGCACCUGCACCAGGAGCACCAACACCUGCACCAGGAGCACCUGCACCUGCACCAGGAACACCUGCACCAAGAGCACCUGCACCAGGAACACCUGCACCAGGAGCACCUGCACCAGGAGCACCUGCACCAGGAGCACCUGCACCAACACCUGCACCAGGAACACCUGCACCAGGAGCACCAACACCUGCACCAGGAGCACCAACACCUGCACCAGGAGCACCAACACCUGCACCAGGAGCAGCUGCGCAAGGGGCACCUGCACCAGGAACACCUGCACCAGGAGCACCUGCACCAGGAGCACCUGCAUCAGGAACACCUGCACUAGGAGCACCUGCACCAGGAGCACCUGCACCAGGAGCACCUGCACCAGGAACACCUGCACCAGGAACACCUGCACCAAGAGCACCUGCACCAGGAGCACCUGCACCAGAAGCACCUGCACCAGGAACACCUGCACCAGGGGCACCUGCACCAGGAACACCAGCAUCAAUAGCAGCUUUACCAGGAACACCUGCACCAGGAUCACCUGCACCAGGAGCACCUGCACCAGGAGCACCUGCACCAGGAGCACCUGCACCAGAAGCACCUGCACCAGGAACACCUGCACCAGGGGCACCUGCACCAGGAACACCAGCAUCAGUAGCAGCUUUACCAGGAACACCUGCACCAGGAUCACCUGCACCAGGAGCACCUGCACCAGGAGCACCUACACUAGGAACAGCUGCACCAGGAACAGCUUCAAAAGAAGCACCUGCUCCAGGAGCAGCUGCACCAGGAACACCUGCACCAGGAACAGCUGCCCCAGGAGCAGCUGCUCCAGGAACACCUGCACCAGGAGCACCUGCACCAGGAACACCAGCAUCAGUAGCAGCUUUACCAGGAACACCUGCACCAGGAUCACCUGCACCAGGAGCACCUGCACCAGGAGCAACUGCACCAGGAACAGCUGCACCAGGAACAGCUGCACCAGGAGCACCUGCUCCAGGAGCACCUGCACCAGGAGCACCUGCACCAGGAGCACCUGCACCAGAGGCACCAACACCUGCACCAGGAGCACCAACACCUACACCAGGAGCACCAACACCUGCACCAGGAGCACCUGCACAAGGGGCACCUGCACCAGGAACACCUGCACCAGGAGCACCUGCACAAGGGGCACCUGCACCAGGAACACCUGCACCAGAAGCACCUGCACCAGGAACACCUGCACCAGGGGCACCUGCACCAGGAACACCAGAAUCAGUAGCAGCUUUACCAGGAACACCUGCACCAGGAUCACCUGCACCAGGAGCACCUACACCAGGAGCACCUGCACUAGGAACAGCUGCACCAGGAACAGCUGCAACAGGAGCACCUGCUCCAGGAGCAGCUGCACCAGGAACACCUGCACCAGGAACACCUGCACCAGGAGCACCUGCACCAGGAACACCAGCAUCAUUAGCAGCUUUACCAGGAACACCUGCACCAGGAUCACCUGCACCAGGAGCACCUGCACCAGGAGCACCUGCACCAGGAACAGCUGCAUCAGGAACAGCUGCACCAGGUACAACUGCACCAGGAGCAUCUGCUCCAGGAGCACCUGCACCAGGAACACCUGCACCAGGAGCACCUGCACCAGAAAUACCUGCACCAGGAGCACCCGCACUAGGAGCAGCUGCACCAGGAACAUCUGCACCAGGAACACCUGCACCAGGAACACAUGCACUAGGAGCCCUUGUACCAGGAACACCAGCAUCAGUAGCAGCUUUACCAGGAACACCUGCACCAGGAACCCCUGCACCAGGAGCACCUGCACCAGGAGCACCUGCACCAGCAAUACCUGCAUCAGGAACACCUGCAACAGGAACACCAGCACCAGUAGUAGCUGCACCAGGAGCACCAGCACCAGGAGCACCUGCACCAGAAGCACCUGCACCAGGAACACCUGCGCCAGGAACAUCUGUACCAGGAGCACCUGCAUCAGGAACACCUGCAACAGCAGCACCUGCACCAGGAGCACCUGCACCAGGAGCACCAGCACCAGGAGCGCCUACACCAAGAACACCUGCAGAAGGCGCACCAACACCAGGAGCACCAGCACCAGGAGCACCUACACCAGAAACACCUGCCCCAGGAGAUCCUGCACAAGGAGCACCAGCACCAGGAGUACCUACACAAGGAACACCUGCACCAGGAGCACCAGCACCAGGAGCACCUACACUAGGAACACCUGGUCCAGAAGCACCUGCACCAGGAGCACCUGCACCAGGAAUACCUGCACCAGGAGCACCUGCACCAGGAGCACCAGCACCAAUAGCACCAGCACCAGAAGCACCAGCACCAGGAACACCUGCACCAGGAGCACCUACACUAGGAACACCAGCACCAGGAGCACCUGCACCAGGAGCACUAGCACUAGGAGCACCAGCACAAGGAACACCUGCACCAGGAGCACCUGCACCAGGAGCACCAGCACCAGAAGCACCAGCACCAGGAACACCAGCACCAGGAGCACCUUCACUAGGAACACCAGCACCAGGAGCACCUGCACCAGGAGCACUAGCACCAGGAGCAUCUACACUAGGAACACCUGCACCAGGUACUCCUGCGCCGGGAGCAACAGCACCAGUAGCACCAGCACCAGGAACACCAUCACCAGGAGCAUCUACACUAGGAACAUUAGCACCAGGAGCACCUGCACCAGGAGCACUAGCACCAGGAGCGCCUACACCAGGAACACCUGCACCAGGAGCACAUGCCCCAGGAGCACCAGCUCCAGGAGAACCUACAUCAGGAACAUCUGCACCACGAGCACCUGCACCAGGAGCACCUGCACAAGGAGCACCUGCACCAGGAGCACCUGCACCAGGAGCACCUGCACCAGGAACACCUGCACCAGAAACACCUGCACCAGGAAUACCUGCACCAGGAGCACUUGCACCAGGAACACCUGCACCAGAAACCCUUAUGUCAGGGGCACCUGCACCAGGAGCACCUGCACCAGGAGCACCUGCACCAGGAGCACCUGCACCAGGAGCACCUACACCAGGAGCACCUGCACCAGGAACACCUGCACCAGGAGCCCCUGCACCAGGAGCACCUGCACCAGGAACACCUGCACCAGGAACACCGGGUGCUAGGUGUGUUGACCCGAAUGGACUCGCACACAAGCACUCUGAGCGAGUACUCUUUAACUGCAAGGUGAACAUCUGUCGCAACGGCGCAUUUGUACUCAUCAAGGAUGCCGGAGACAAAUGUUGUAAGGAUCGAGACGUCCAAAACUAUUAUAGAAAUGGAGAGAAAUACCAAAAAGGCACAGGCUUGGAGUGCAUGUCCUAUAUAUGCAUCAAUAGUCAAGUCAUAUCUCUAGGACCGUGUGUGUAAAAAGAAAAAAAAAAGUGAUGUGAGCCACUGUGUCCCUCCUCAGGUGGCUACAGCUCUGACCAAGGCACUAAUUACUACUAAUUACUACUACAUGAUCUAUCACACGGGUUAUAAAACUAUCUGUUGAAGCCACGGACACUUCUUUCUUAGUUUUUGUUGCAAAAUAUAUAUCUGGAACUUUAUCAGACGAAAGAAAAAAGCUUUAUCCCCCCCCCCAGGCAUUAUCAGGGAAGCUGGCGCUACGAAUGUGUGCAUUGAACAUCUUUUGUUAUCAACUUAUUUCAUUAUUAUUUUAUAGAAUAAUCUAAGUUAACUGCGGAAAACAAUAUUAAGACUGUUGACACCUGUCAACCUAGCGAGGAUCAACCUAGUUUUGACACCUGUCAACCUGGGGAGGAUCAAUCUAAUUUUGACACCUGUCAACCUGGGGAGGAUCAAUCUAAUUUUGACACCUGUCAACCUGGGGAGGAUCAAUCUAAUUUUGACACCUUUCAACCUGGGGAGGAUCAAUCUAAUUUUGACACCUGUCAACCUGGGGAGGAUCCCGUCCUGGAGGACAGGAAGGAGAGGGGGGCGACAUUAUAACAUAAAAUACUGAGAGGAAUUGAUAAGGUGGAUAGUGACAGAAUGUUUCAGAAAUGGGACACAACAACCAGGGAAUCACAACUAGAAGUUGGAAGUUCAGAGGUGCAUUAUAUGUAAAGUCUUAUAAAUAAUAUUGGAGAUAAAAGGCAUGUUGCUAACAAUAGUGACGGAGGGAAGACAGUUCCCCGCACAGUGACUUUUGUUUGCAACUCUCUAAAUUCCUGGCUAAAGACAGCCUUUACUAACCAUCAUUAUGUGUAUUUAAGAGCAAUGAAAGAUAUUUAAUAACAUUAAGAACAGUUAUAGCCGAGAGAGAUAGAAAUGGUAAUAUUCCUGCCUGAUAUACCAGAGGGAACAGUGACUGAUCCUCCUGUGUUCAAGACAUACGAUUAUUUUUCCCUGUGUCCGUGUGGAUAAGGUAGGUUAAGUUUGUCAGGAAACAGGACAAGCAUUUCCUGACCAGGGGCAGCACAUAACCCACAUUGAUAGAGUUUCCCAAAUCUCUGCAAACAGUCCUGAAUCUGACACAUUUCAUCAUUCACAUUAAAAUUUUGUAAAUGUAUCUCAAAGGCCUCAAUCCAAACUUUGUUGUUACGGUUCCAGUCAUUCUUUUAUUAAAAAAAAAAAGAACAGUAACAGAAUCAUCUCUCCUCUUCCCAGAAAGCUCCCAUGGAACCUAACAGGUUUCCGCAGAACCCGCUUGGUAAAUCCUAAAGUUUGAAUAGGCCGGAUUAAUACAGUAUAUAAUCCUUCGACUGAUAUGAAAUUUUCUCUCCUAUAAUAAGACUGCAAAUAGCUGUUUAGUAACAGAGUCAUCAAAUAGAGGUACUCUCGUCUCUCUGGCUUAAAGCAAAAUGUUUAUAUAUACAGGAAGCAGAUGAGUGCUACGUAUAUAUAUAUAUAUAUAUAU